UUUGUGAAUUAAAUCAAAUGAACAUGUUUUGUAGAGCCCACAGAUGGAUCCUAACUUGUUCUAGGACCCCCAUAUUAGGUCACCUUUAAAGAAGCUGGGUAUUUUGGGCCUCUGCUUUUGGGUAAUAUUUUUUGGAAUCAGGCUUCUUUAUGGAGGAUUAUUAAAUUUUGUAUGUAGAGCCUUAUGUGUUUAGGGCUAGGCUUGUAUUUGUGUGGUUAAUUUUAGGCAAUGGGUCAGGGUUGGCAUGUAUCUAAGUGGUUAAUUUUAGGCCAUGAGUUGGGGUUAUAUCCAUGAUAUCCAUGAUAGUUGAAGGAAUCUGUGAGAUUGCCCUAUAUGUCUGUAUUCCUGCAAAAUGGGGGAUAAUCUGUGCAUUUCACAGACAAUCUGUACAACUUGACAUAUACGUGCAUCUUGUACACUCAAAGAAAUGAAGUGUUGGAUUUACUUAACCCAGUUAUGUCAACUAGUUCAAGUGAACCUUCGGUAAAUGUAAAUCAUUUUACACAUUUUCAUUUUAAGAACUCAAUUUAGCUGACCCAAAUUACAAGAGGAAAACAAAUAUUGUAAAACAUGGUUAUUAUUUCAUGACAGCUACAAGGCUACCAACUUCAUUUUAAUUGUUUAAAUAUUGCAAUAUUCAUUAUUGGUUUGUUGUUGUUGUUCUUGUUGUUGUUUGUCAUUUUAAUUUGCAUAAUGUAGGUUUGACAUAGAGUAAAAAUGUGCCAGCAAUUAAAAAAUAAUUGAAUAAAUAAAAACUCAGCAAUUCAUUCAGAUUUAUUACUAUAAGUACAGUAUAUGUUUAUGAUAAAAGCAAACAAAGAAAAAAAAAAGAUCUUACCAUAUUGACUGAACAAUCACACAACAGGCAGUGUCAUUGGCUGAGGCAAAGAGAAAAACAUUACAGACCUCCCCUUUGGCGUUUAUGUUCAAUAAAAAGGCCACAGUACUGGUGACUUUAUAAUUAAGGUUUUUAGGUGGGUAUUCUGGUGAGGAAUUAUGCUGCUCAUUGUUGAUCUGCUAUUAUUUUGGUUUCUCAAUGUGAAGGAAGGAAAGUCUGAGUGUCAAACCUUUGGUGCAGAAGAAAUGUCUCAGUUUUUUAAGGACGGAGAUAUUAUCAUUGGUGGGAUUUUUCCCUUCCACCAGUACCCCAUAACACUAAAUCAAACGUACAGAACCAACCCAGGAGUAAUCCAGUGUGAAGGAUUGGAAGUAGGUGAACUUCAAUAUGCUUACACCAUGAUGUUUGCAAUAGAGGAAAUCAACAACAGCUCAGAGCUGCUACCAAACCUAACACUUGGAUAUAGGAUCUUUGAUUCCUGCCCUAAUACCCCCAUGUCCAUCAAGGCAUCAUUAAAUCUUAUGAAUGCACAUGAAAGCGUGGAAGGAAUCUGCAGCAAAUUCUCCAGUGUGCAGGCUGUUAUUGGGGAAACUACUUCAACCUCUACAAUAGGUAUUGCACGUACGCUGGGACCCUUCAAUAUACCUGUGAUCAGUCAUUCAGCUACUUGUGCAUGUCUUAGCAACAGAAGAGACUACCCCUCUUUCUUCAGAACAAUACCCAGUGAUUUAUUUCAGAGCAAAGCACUGGCAAAGCUUGUGAAACAUUUUGGCUGGACCUGGGUUGGAGCCAUWMGRUCYAAUARUGAAUAYGGAAAUGGUGGCAUGGCUGCUUUUCUGGAAGCUGYAGRAAARGAAGGUGUGUGYRUUGAGUAUUCAGUGGCUGUUGAGCGYACCARYUCYAGAAAGUGGUUUYUWGAGGUUGUGGAUGUUAUAAAAAAAUCCACCUCCAAAGUAAUUGUUGCAUUUGCUGAUGGCCCAGACCUUGACACCCUGAUUAAAGAGCUUUUUGUUCAGAAUGUAACGGGUCUGCAGUGGGUAGGAAGUGAGGGCUGGAUUUCAUAUCGUCAUUUUGCAUCUGCAGUUAAUUAUGCUGUGGUUCAGGGUGCAGUGGGCUUUGCAGCUAUGAAUGCUCAUAUUCCUGGAUUGCAGGAAUUUCUAGCCAACAGCAGACCCUCCACUACUCCGGGUAAUCAGGGACUCGUCAAGCUGUGGGAGAUGCUKUUUCACUGCACGUCAUCUCCCCAAACAAACAUGCAUGAGAACUUUACAGUCUGCAGGGGGACAGAGACUCUGUGGGAUGUACAGACACAAUUCACUGAUAUUUCAGAUGCCAGCCUGUUGAAUAAUGUUUACAAGGCCACAUAUGCUGUUGCCCAUGCUCUGAACAUGCUAUUUAUUUGCAAUGAUGGAAAGGGGCCAUUUGAUAAUAAUACAUGUGCUGAUAAGRAACAUGUACAGCCAUGGCAGGUAAACAUGUAAAACACUGCUUGACUUAACACAAUAAUAAUAUUGUACUCAGAUGAUAACUGUAUCCCUGUAGGUGCUGUAUUACCUGUCAAAGGUCAAUUUUACCACUAAAAUWGGUGAAAGGGUGG